UAUUUAGUGCUGAAAGGCUCUGGAAGUUCAGGAGUUGAUAGGCUGAAUUGAAAGUUGUGCAAGCCAGACCUGCAUAAACACUUGGAGAAGAGUUUGUUAAAUUUCAUAUUAUACUUCAAAUCUUUAAAACCACAAUUUUCAGAGGAUUGGUGAAAAGGACAUGUCGUACACAAAUAAUCAUUACAUUGAGGCCAACGCCGUGCAACGGGUGGCUAGUCUGCCGCUCUUCGACUCCGCCCUGAAAUCUGUUGUUUCAGUUUACACGGACGUAAAGGGCCGUUACCCGCUCCUGGGUGUGGUUGGGGGCGUGGCUGAGAUUGGGGUGCGUAAUGUGUCCCAGGCUGCCAUUCUCCGUGCCACCCCCCUCCUACUUAGUCUGGAACCCCAGAUUGAGGUCGUCAAUAACUAUGCUUGUAUGGGCUUGGACCAGCUGGAAAAGAACUUUCCCGUCCUGCACCAGUCUACAGAGGAGGUAUUGGGUCACCUGAAGGAUGCCUUCUUUCUGACCCUGGAUGACGUGCAACUUCGUGUGAAUGAUGAGCUGGACGGGAUACAGGGGCGCUGGGACAAGCUGACUGAUGCCACCUGGUACUACCUCCUUGCUCUGCAGGAGUCACAGCUGGGUCAGAUGGCCACCUCGGGCCUGGACGACAUCCUCACACGCUCAGAGGAGGCCAUGGCCAAGUACAUGCCCCUGACGGCUACACUGCGCCUAGAGUGGGAGAGGAGGACACAGCAGUUUGAGGAUGAAGAUGGGGAGGAUGAGCCUGGGUUGUGGACGCGGUUCCGAAGCCUCCUGCUCUAUCUGAGCCUGCAGCUGUACCACCGCCUGCUGAAGCUCAGAAACAGGCUGGAGCAGGCCAUGGUGAUGCUACAGGAUGCUACCGAAAGGAUCGGCCUGAGCAGGCUGCUGGAGGUGGUGGGCUCUGUGCUCCAGAGGCUGCAGCUGCUCUAUGUGUACCCGGUGUUGCGUCUAGAGGCCGUGAGGAGGCUGACCCUGGACCAGUUGAAGGCCCAGGUACGAGUCCUGGCUGAACUGGGGCCCGUCAAGCAGCUGCUGGGACUGCCUGCUCAGGUGCAGCUUGUGUUGGCCGACCUGCAGGAGCUGGGCAAGAUCCUACUGCAGCUGCUGGUCAACAGCACCCCUCUCUACAACAUGCUCCAGCAGCCAAGUGAUCAGGAUGUGGAGGACUUCCUCAACCAGCAGGAAUCCAUGUCCUCUGACACCACUCRCCGCAGUUCUGCCARUAGCCUCUUUCUCAAGGCCAUGGACGGCCGCCCACACAAACGCAAGAGCUCGUAUACCCUCUCCCAAACGGGCUCAACCAGUGCCCCCAGUCCAGCCUCAGCCAAAUCGCCCAACGGCAGCUGUGGCAGCCAGAAGCAGGAUGACCAGACUCUCUCUCUGGAGCUCAAGAACCUGGAUCUCCCUUCCACCAUCGCUGUGUGUUGUCGCUCUUCAGUACGCAGGGGCUCAUCCAGCGGCAUCAAUCCCCCAGACCCCAGCCCAGCUCCCGACCCAGCCCCGGGUAACCCAGCCAACAACGAUGACCAGCCUCUCUCUCGCCAGGGCAGCCAGAAGCCUGAUGACCAGCCUCUUUCUCGCCAGGGCAGCCAGAAGCCUGACGACCAGCCUCUCUCUCUGGAGCUAGACCCCCUGGAGCUCCCUUCUACAAGCACCGUGCUUCGCCCCUCCUCGGCUGCCGAAGUCCUCCUUGGCUCCAUCCUCCAGUACCUGAGCUCUGAGCCACCCUCAGAUGAGACCAUUAUACCCGAGGUGGAGACCACCGAGAACCACACAGAAGCCAGAGAUGAAAGCUCACCAAGACGCAAGAGCCUGUCUGCUCGCUCCGGCUGGAGCUCGUCCAGUGCUGUUGCACCCGAGGUGGAGACCACUGAGGACCUGAGCCCUGAGAAAGUCUCAGAUGAGGCCAUGGCACUCGAGGUGGAGAGCACUGAGUACUACUCAGAUGCCAGAGACGUGAGCCCAUCCAGACGCAACAGCCUGUCUCCCCGCUCCCACAGAAGGUCAUCAAGUGCUGGUAACCCGGAUGACCAACCUCUCUCUCACCGGGGCAGCCAGAAGCCAGACAACCAGCCUCUUUCUCUGGAGCUGGACCCCCUAGAGCUUCAUUCUACCAGCACUGUGCGUCACCCCUCCUCGGCCGAGGUCCUUCCAGGUUCCAUCCUCCAGUACAUUAGCUCUGAGCCACACUCAGACGAGCCUGUUGUACCCGAGGUGGAGACCACCAAGAACCACACAGAAGCCAGAGACGAGAGCCCACCCAGAAGCAAGAGCCUGUCUGUUCACUCCCGCAGAAGCUCAUCAAGUGCUGGCAACCCAUCAAACGUCCGCCAGGGCAGCCAGAUGUGGAAUGACGAGCCUCUCUCUGUGGAGUUCGACAUCCUGGAGGUCUCUUCUACCAGUGCUUUGCGCCGCCGAUCCUUGGCUGCCGAGGUCCUCCUUGGCCCCAUCCUCCAGUACCUGAGCUCUGAACCAUCCUCAGACAAGACCGUUAUACCCGAGGUGGAGACCGCAGACAAGAACGCACACGCAAAAGACGAGAGCCCACCCAGACACCAGAGCCUGUCUCCCCGCUCCCGCAGGAGCUCGUCCAGUGCUGUUGUGCCCGAGGUGGAGACCACUGAGUACUACUUUGACGAAGGAAACGGCAGCCCACUCAGACGCAAGAGCCUGUCAAUCCGCUCCCGCAGGAGCUCAUCCAGUGGAGGCAACACCCCAGCCCCCGGGCUAGCCCCGGACAACUCACACAAUGACCGCCAGGGCAGCCAGAUGCAGGACAGUCUGGAGGAGUUGGACACCCUGGCCCUCCCUUCAAUCAGCGCCGUGCGUCGCCGCUCCUGGGCUGUCGAGGUCCUCCUAGACCCCAUCCUGCAGUACCUGAACCCUGGGCACUCAGAAAAGGCCGAUAUAGAAGAGGCCGAAAUACCCGUGGUGGAGGCCACAGAGCAUUAAGAAGUCACCAGUGUCCUAGAAAAUGGCCCCCUUUUGCAGGCCCAGGUGUAAGACUUAUUAGUUGAUUUUAGUUUGUGGGUACACAUAGGGGGGCCAUAUUUCAGCAGACAUAAUCUGUGAUAGGUCCAUUGGAAUACAAAAUGUGUCAAUGUAUGUCACUGAAAGAUUCAGGCGCUCUACUUCAUGUACAGAUGCCAACCUACAUUUGUUUUGGUUUCCUAACUGAGCAUCAUGUGACAUUAUACACCUUGUACCCCAUUAUAUAUUAGACCUAACUAUUCUUCAAUGAUGUGCUAACCUGAUGUCGCAUUCUGUUUUCUGUUACACUAAGUAGGCGUGAGAAACAUAGCUUGUCAUGAUUAAAGGUAGAAUAUGGAUGGAUUGGCCUAAAGAUGGAAGCAUGUUGAAUGUGUUGAUUGAGGAAUGAGCAUCGAAUAGACAGUAGAAAAUGUGUAUGUCUUUAUUACAAUGUCAUAACAUUUAAUAUUUCAUAACAUAUAAUACAUGACACGUUUAGAUUGUCCUACAGUAUGCAUCAACAUAAUAUUGGUUGUAUUCAAGAAAUAAAUACAUUUUUUAUUGCUGCGGUGAAAUAUUUUGAGGUUAUGAAGAGUGAAAUAAAGUGUCAUUUCCCCAUCUA